GGGAAAAAGCGCCCCGCAGAAACUGAUCCUGACAAUGACCAGCCUUUGACAAAAAGGUUCACUCCUCUGACACUUCAAGAUGACACCUUGGGCCGGCCAAAGCUCGCCACGUCUCAUCAGAGCGAUCGGAUGAUGCUUGAUGAUACCAAUCAUACAAUUUACAUACAUGACUUGGAGAUGGAGCUACAAGAUCUUGAAAGUUUGGACAAUGAAGUAACAUUUCUGUCGGGUGUGGUUGAUACACUGUCUACAGUUCCAAGAAUGCUGGUGGCCGACGACCAGGCUCACUGUACAGAGCUGGUACUUUACAGUGAGCCCGUACCGCUUACAGCUCCAAAAGAAGAUGAUAAUGUCCGCAAGGCCCUUGUUGCUACUAGGGAGCGCGCCCGG